GAAGUUAUGCUUCACAUACAAAUGGCUCUUUGCAGCAUAUUUAAAAUGGAGGCGGCUUAUACUACUGCAAAUAUGCUACGCAUAUACUGUUAUUUUUCAAUACUGCUUCUCUCAACUCAAGCUGUGAGAAGACUGACAAUUCCAUCCAAGAAUACACAUCCAGUGUGUAAAAAGAAUAAUAUAUUUCACAGUGACAUUGUUCAAGAUCAUUCUUUAAAGAGAGGCAUCAAUCCGAAGAAUUACACUUUACUCGGUCAAGUACCCACAAUGGGAGAUUGCAUGGCGUUGUGUUGCGCGACGAAACAUUGUAACAUUGCAUAUAUGAAAAACGAAACCUGUUACGGCGUUACAUGUUACGAUGCGGAAAAAUGUUCGGUGGGAAAUGCAACGGCUUCAUUCGAUUCUUCUGGAACUCAGUUAGCAUUGAUAAUCCGUAACGAAAUGAACAGACGAGUAUAUGUUACUGCUUAUUUGGUGGUGGUGGUGUGUGCUUUUGGUGCAGCCAUGGCCGGCACAAUGUGGGCUGUCGUCAUUUUUUAUAAAAGAUACUCGCUUGUGAUGCCACAGAAAAACAAGAAACAAUCUUCUGAUGAAGAGAAUUGUUCAGACUCACAAAAGCCCAAAAGUCGCAUGCAUUACUGAAAAUGCACAUUCUAGAUGUCGGAAGAAAUAUCAAAACUACAUGUAUUUUUUUGUAAAUAAUAAAAAUUGCAAACAUUUUG